AUAAAUGUUAGGGGCUCAAUGAACAAUCUGAAACUUCAUGAAGGGGUCAAUGAGCUGAAGCAUGUGGGGACCCCAUUCUGAAUUCACAAAUCCAUGUAAGAGCUACAGUCUCCCUCAUUAUUCUCCUCAUGAGAAAGCAUCAUUGGCAAAACAUCGUUAAUCCUCAGUUUCAGUCUUCCUUUGAACUGCAGGCUCCUAUAAAACAAGCAGCUGUGUGGGGUAUGUGGAAUCUUUGGAAGUUAUAAAAAUCAUUCUUUCACAAAUCAGAGCUUAACCAACAUCUCAGCAAUGGGUUCUUAGUGCAGUGGGCUAUAGGCCAUCUCUUCCAUGGCCUGGAUUAGGAUCAUUUUAGUGAUUCUUAUCAACUGCAAUACAUGGUUUGGGCUGAGGGAAAAUUUCAGAUAAAGCAUUAAAUAAUGUUUUUGGUGGUGGUUGAAGCUUUUCCAGCUGGUUGUGGUCCUUUGCCAGGAUUGUCAAUAACUGUUUCUUUGAUUUGUAAGCUCAUGGCUUGUGUCAUUAGUAAUGGUACUGAGCCACCUUGUGUCCUUUUGGCCUCUUCCAUGUGUCUUCGGUUUCUCCACCAUCAGAGCCUUUUCCAGUGAUUUGUUCCUUCACGUGUCCAAAAUAUCUAAACUGUAGUUUCAUUGUUAGUGCUUCCAAUGACCAGUCUGUUUCACUUCAUCCAGUUUUCAGUUAUUUGUUCUUCUUGUAGACCAAGGCCUUCUCUGCAGUUUUCUCCAGCAUCUGAAGAAAACUUCUGAGAAUGCCCUGAUCGGCAAGAAGGCUUCAAUUUUGCUUCAUUCAGCCGUUCUGAUGGUCCAGAUUUCACAAUCCUUGGUUACAACAGGGAAAACCACGGCCUUGACUUUAACAACCUCUGUCAUUAGUAUGAUGUCUUUACUCUUUAAUAUUUUGUCUAGAUCUGUCAUAGUUUUUCCUCCAAGCAGCAGACAUCUCUUUAUUGUAUGGCUGCAAUCACUAUCCUUGUGAACAUUUGUUAUUACUUGAACUCCAUUCCUAGUUGUUUCUGGUUAAGCUAUGUAUUUAUUUUUUUAAAGUCUAUCCCCCUGUACCCAAAAUAGCUUUCCUAUAUCAAACUCCUCGUUGGUACUUAAAACCAAGUAUUAUAAUGUAUAAUACAGUACUUGUUUUUUAAAAUAUGAAUUGUCUAGAUCAGUUGGUUUUUCUUGCUCUCUGUGAUUAUAAGCUCAGAAAAGCAGAAAGUUUCCAAAUGGGCAAAUAUUUUAGAGGACCGUUGCACUUGACCAUGACUACUUGUACUCUUUCCAGCCAAUGUCAUGGGUUAAAAUUAGAAUCUGGCUGCUGUGAUAUUUUGCUCUGUCAUAAUUGGCACGAAGGGUUUAAAUGGCUUAAGCAAAACAAUCAAGAUUCAUGACAGAUCUCUCACUGCACAGAAACCUCUGGGCCAUGGAAAAUCAUCUGUGGCUUCAAAUGUUUCUCCUGGAUGUCAAUUAAAAAUCCAGAAAUUGAAGGCAUUUUUCAAUCUAACGUGGGUUUCCUGUUUUGCUCAUGACAUUCCUGAAUACUGUGCCGAAAAAUGAAAGUAGCUGCUGAGUUUGAAUGCAGAAGAGCUAUGACUGAAACAACUGUUUCUGUUGGCUCAUUUAUGGCUAUUAAAGCCCUGUGGGAAGUCAGAAUCCAGAAAAUCACUGAACAGCUUCGGAAGGAAAAAGAGUUCAGUCAGAAGGCUGCAGGGAGACUGACAAUUGUUUGGGAAGAGAGGGCCAGUUUGGCCAAGCUGAAAGGCAAAGUAAUCACCGAAGAUGGAAGGGCUAUUUUAAGGAUUGAAGAGGAGGAAUGGAAGACUCUACCUUCUUGCUUACUGAAACUGAAUUACCUGCAGGAAUGGCAGCUUCACAGAACUAAUUUGAUCAAAAUCCCUCACUACAUCGGUCGCUUUCAAAAUCUCAUUGUCCUAGAUCUAUCUCGAAAUUCCAUUGCAGAGAUUCCUAGGGAGAUUGGUCAAUUGUCAAAUCUUCAGGAGCUGAAUCUCAGUUACAAUAAAAUUAAAUCGGUUCCUAAAGAACUAGGCAACUGUGUUGGCUUAGAAAGAUUGGAGCUUGCAGUAAAUAGAGACAUCUGUGACCUUCCCUAUCAGCUGAGCAACCUGAAGAAACUUUCUCACCUAGAUCUGAGCAUGAACCAGUUCACUACCUUCCCACCAGUCAUCCUAGACAUGCCAAACUUGGAGUGGCUAGACAUGGCAAGCAACAGGCUGAAAGAAAUUCCUACCAAUCUUGACAAAGCACAAAACUUACAUACUUUGUGGCUCCAAAGGAAUGAAAUAACAUAUUUGCCUGAAUCCAUUUGUAAUCUUAAAAAUAUGAGCACCCUUGUUCUCACCAACAAUAAACUGCAAGAUAUUCCUGCUUGCCUGAAGGACAUGCUAAACUUAAGAUUUGUCAACUUCAGAGAUAACCCACUGAAGCUGCAAGUGACACUUCCUCCUUGCGAGAAUGCCGAAGAGGAAGAGGAGCAGGAACUCUAUGGAAUUCAGUUCAUGCAUUUAUAUAUUCAGGAGUCACUCAACAGUGAAGAAAAUAUGGAAAGUGAUAUUCCAGGUGCUGCUGCUGCCACUGACUGAAAGACAAAAAUAACACCAAGCUAAUAUGGUUACUAUUACACUUUUUU